AUGAUGAACUUACUCAUUUUAUGUCUCCUUUUGAAGUUUUCUUUAACGGCAUCUCAAAAUGUUCAGGAACUAACUUGUGAAGAAGGAACGAUUAGAUCAGUUUGCAUCAUUGAUGGCUCAAAGCUAGACAGUAUGACUCAGCAGCUUAAAAUCUCCAAUAAUUCAUCAAAACACUUUCAACUUCACCUGAAAAACUUUAGACAACUUCAAAGUGAUCUUAUUGUUGUGAAUAAUAAUGUUCGUGAUUUAUUUGUGGUUAAUUCUACAAUACUUUUGGUCAACAGAACUGAUUUUGUAGAUUUAACUGUCCAACACAUUUUCAUCAUUAACUCAACAGCUUCAUUUGAUGCUGGCAGUCUGAGCAGCUUCAAAAGUUUGAUAAACUUUAAUUUGAUAAACUCAAAAAUCAGUAAAAUCAAUCCAUGUGCAUUUGAGGAACUGCCAAAUGUCACGAAAAUUGACCUUACAAAUACUUCAUUGUCUGAUGAUUUGGUGACUGCUGUUGAGGCUCUCGAGAACAUAAAGAAGCUAGUAUGUACGAAUUGCAAGCUAAAUGAUGAACAAUUGAUGAAGAUCGUUAAAAGUCAUGGACAAUUGGAUACAAUCUUACUUCCGUCAAAUGCUGUGAAAUCACUAAAAUGUGACAAAAUCAAGAACUUGAAGCUGUCUGAACUGGACCUAAGUUGUAACAAUCUUUCAAAAACCUUUCAAACCUGCAAAAUUGUUUCUGUGGAUGUGACAGAAAAUAAGAUCGACACUCUUCACAUCCAAUACGGUACGAAGACAAUUGAAGCUGCAAAAAACUUGAUUUCAAAGAUAAAAUGCGAAUAUUCACUCAACACAGUCGAAAUCAAUUUGAAUAAAAAUUUGCUGACCGACUUGAUGUGCAUCUCGUCAAUAUCAACAUUGGAGUAUCUUUCAAUAAAUUCAAAUAAGUUUAAGAACUUUAAGCUUUAUGCAUUUGAACAGAUGACUAGAUUGCGAUACAUUUCGGCAAUGGACAAUCCAAUUUAUCUUUCUAAACCAAAUCUUUUUGCUCCCGAGUCGAAAAGUCCUUUGGAAAGGAUUAAUGUUGACAAAUUUGACUUUGGAUAUGAAAAGUUGAGAUUCUUUUAUCCAAAACUUGAAGAAGUUUUUCAUUAUCAAUUUACAGGCAGUUGUGAAAAAUAUUUCCAAAUUUUAGACAUUUUGAAGGAACAAAAUAUAAAUUUUUAUGUUUUUAAGGCACCGAGUUGCUGUAGAACUACUGAUUGUGUUUAA